GCAACACCGCCUUUUCACUCCACGCUUCCUUUUUUUUCCCCUUUUUCUUCCUUCUUCUGCAUCGCUUUUCAUCGAGCAAGUUUCGUUUCGUGUUUGAGCUGCCUUUUCUGGGAAGCAGAGAGCAAAGCAGAAACGACGACGACGACAACAACUUAAAUAGCGAGGAGGAAAAACCGAAGAGCUGUCGGGCACACGACAGCGGAGGGCAGCGCUGAACUCGCCAACUCCCUUCACAAGUACGUCGAUGCAUUUGGCCUUGUCGAUCUUUUAGUAUUCCACAACAUCAACAAAGAAGAAAGAAGAAAAUAAACCUUUUCACUUCACGUUGCGAGUUCUUGUCCCUGUCGGUGCACACACACACACACAUCAACAUAUAUAUUUUUAGAGAUUCUCCACUUUUCUUACCUAGAAAUUUCCUCCCUCGGCACCGCCUUCCAUCCUUUAAAAACAACAACAAGAGACAACAUCGUCAUUUCUUCCGUCACGCCCCGUGCGCUUUUCCCGUGAGCCUCGAGUAACGAACCGCAGAAGAGGAAAGAAGAAAAAGCACUCACGGCCGUGGAGCGUUCACCUUCUUCCGGCAUCCGAAGCCGCACGCCCGCAUCGCGCCCGAUCUGAUCGCGAGGGCUUUUUUUGGUACUGUUUCCCCGCUCACUGCACUUCCUUCAUUUGUUCCCUUUCCUCCCCCCAUCACUCGUCGUGUGCCAGCGCCCACUCCUUUAUGGAGGUGCACGACAUUGCGGCAAGCAGGGCGCACCAGCACAGCAACUCCGAGCACGCCGUGGACCCUGACACCCGCCUUCUUCCUUCUCCCCACCGCGAAGCCGCCACCACUGCCGCUGCUGCUGCUCCUGCUGCGGCGGCGAACAUCAACGCCGGCGGGCCUGAUAAAGUCGGAGCACUGGAGAGGACCCAACUGCCAGAAACCGAUUUCGCCACGAGCACUAGCCUCGGCCUCUCCACGCGCGAGUUCACGAAUCGCGAAUCGUCCGACUCCGCCUUGACAUUGCUUACGUCCGAGAUGCUGCCGGUGAACGGCGCCGUCGCAGACAGCGACAAUGGUACCAUGCAGCGCGGCAACGUCGCGGCACGGACCGGACCGGCACCCGUGCUGAGCGAGGCUUUACUGCGCCGCAAGCAGGCACACUCCCGCCAAGCCAGUCUCGACCUCUUGCAACGCGAGCACGCGAGCCUGAGCAGCGUCAACGGCGGCCGCGCGUAUGAGCGGGCGGCGAGUUAUAUGGCGCAGACGCAGUCGUCGCUGCGGCACGCCUCCCUCGGCUCGGAGGCGAGUAUGACCGGCUCAACGCGGCGACUGCGGCAGCGGCGUAGCGCCGACCGUGACGACGACGACGAGGUGAGCGAUGUCGCGAGUGUGACGUCAUCGCAGUGGUCGCUGCGGCGGCGCCGCGUUGGACCACGUACGCUGCGGCCGGUGCCGUUGCCGGCGACGACGGUCAUGUCGGAGCGGGCGCAACGCAUUGCCGCCCGCACGGCGGAGACGCGACUGCAGGGCAACCCGGUGGUGGUCGUGCGGGGCGGCGCGCGGGUCUCGGCAUCGCGCAAGUCCUCGGUGACCACGACGGAAAACAGCUCCCCGCACAUCCAGCCGGUGCAGCGACGGAGUCUCUCCGCGAGCGGGGCGGCCUCGGCGAGUGCGACCACCGUCACGGUCUCCGACGACGACACGGUGGAGUUGACAAAAUCGGGCGUGUCGGUGUCGCUCAGCCCCAUCACCUCCGGCGCGCGCUCCGGACGGAAGUCGCUGCACCACGCCCGCCACGGCAGCGGCAGCGGCAGCGGCAGCGGCAGCGCCUCCCUCAGCGUCGCGGAUGGCGAACUCACCAGGAGCGCGAGGGACGCGCAGGACGAGCCGGUGCCCCGCACGGUGCAACCGGUCAGCUUCGACGGCUACGGCGGCGGUGCUGCCGCGGCGCAGCGGAAAAACGGUCUGGGGCCCGAUAAAGGCGGUCGCCCCCCGCUGACGCCUCGUGAUGACGCCUCGCCUCACACGGUUGGUGGGCAGCGCGGCGGCAGCCUCGGCGCCGCGGCCGCGGUCCCGGCGACGACGCUCACCAGCAACACCGUGCACCGCCACUCCAGCAGCGUUGACUAUCAGCAGAAGCAGCAGCAGCGGUUGCAGCAGCCGCAGCGGCGCAACUCCGCUGGUGGAUCGGCCGUCGCGACGCGCGGGCCGAGCGUGGCGAGCAGCAACGGGACGGCGGUUCAUCGCAUCACCGAGGGCCGUCGCUCCGGCGCGGACUACGAUGUCGCCGUUGGCCGGAAGUCGUUCGGCGAGGAGUCGAUGGACGACACCCCGAUCAGCGUGCUGAAGGAGCGCGCCAACCGCGAAGCGCAGCACAACGCCCGACGCGCCCCUGAUCAGCCGGUCGUCCCUCGGCUGGAACUGGGCGAGAUCACGGCGAAGCGCGACCGGCAGCACCGCUCCGCCUCCUACAAGGUGGCGCAUGGCGGACAGGCCGACGACGACAACGACGGCGCUGCCGACACGCCCGUGACGGGCGGCUCGGUUCUGUCGGAGGUGACGGUGUCCUCCAUGACCGAUUCCGCCACACCGCAGGGGCAGGUACUCACCCGCAGUGGUCACCGCCACCAGCGGGAGCUGCACCCCGCCAAGGAGGGCGAGGACGUCCGCGUCGAUCCCUCUCCCGCCGCCAGUGCCGAUCAAAGAGCCACCUACAACAGCCACGGCGCGUCGCCGGCGCGCGAGGCGGACGCGGCCGACGCCGUCGCCACCACUGUCAGCCCAUCCCGCACCACCGCGGCGGAGGCCACGGCGCACCAACGCGAAGGCAGCGCCGCCGUGACGACCACCACAAACAGUCUCAACGCGGCUCCGACGCAGGGCGGAGUGACGACGGCGACGACGACGGAGGACGCAGCAGCGGAGCCGGCAGGUAAGGCGGUGCAGCCCGCAAACGCUCCGGCAUCAUCCGCCUCUGCGGCCGCACCAUCACAGAAGGGCGUGAGUGAGCCGAAGAAGCGGCGUGCGUUUGAGAAAAGCGGCGCCACUGCCCCGGCCCAACCGACACCACCGCCGGCGGCCAGCACGAAGGAUAACGCAAAGUGCUGUGCGGUGAUGUGA